AAAAACUGUUGACCUGGUCACACACUCACAUGGUUUUUUUUUUUUUGUGACUGAGGAGACACUACUCCAUUAAAUACUUAUACCCACAAAGAUGAGCUUCACUUAGGGUGGGUCUGGGUUAACACUAGUUAGAAAUGAAGAUGGCUUCCUUCCAUUCCACCAAGCUUUUGUCUUUUUUGCUUAUCCUGCUUCAUUCUGGAGCUGCAUUUUCUGCGAUUGUCAAGACACUUCCGGGUUACUCCGGCGAAUUACCCUUCACACUUGAAACAGGGUACAUAAGUGUGGGUAAUAUAGAGUUUUUCUACUAUUUCGUUGAGUCGGAAUCAAACCCAGGUGCUGAUCCCCUUCUUCUCCAUCUCAAUGGAGGCCCUGGCUGUUCUGGUUUGAAUGGUUUCUUUUACCAGAUUGGCCCACUGAAAUUCAACAUCACAAAUUACACCGGGGGCCUACCCCAAUUGUUAUACGAACCAAAUACAUGGUCAAAGACAGCCAACCUCAUAUUUCUGGACUUCCCUGUGGGCGCUGGUUUCUCAUAUGCCACAACUACAGACGCUUGGAGCACAACAGAUGUUGAAUCAGCAGAACACGCCCACUAUUUCCUAAGAAAUUGGUUGACAGAGCAUCCAGAUUUCCAGACAAAUCCAGUCUACAUCAGUACCGACUCCUAUGCAGGAAUACAUGGUCCAAUCAUUGCUCAAUAUAUCUUGGAAGGCAACACUGCUGGACUCGACCCAGUUGUGAAUCUCAAAGGGUUAUCACUUAGCUGUCCACACACAGAUACCGUUAUUGAAGCAAACGCAAAAAUACCAUUUGCUCAUCGGUUAGCACUUAUUUCAGAUGAAAUAUAUGAGUCAGCUGUAGAAAGUUGCAACGGAAUAUACACAAAUAUUGAUCCUGCUAACACAGCAUGUGUAGAGGCUAUUGCUGCUAUAGAUGAGUGUACCCAAUUAAUAAGUAUUCAGAAUGUUUUGGAUCCAAAUUGUGCAUUCUUGUCUCCACAAGCACAAGAACUAAAAGCUGGAAGAUAUCUUAGAGGAAACAACAAAAACAACAUCCUUUUAUCCCCAAGAACAAGAUCUGAUCAUGACCUUUACUGCCAUAAUUUUGCUUAUUUGCUCAGUCCUAUUUGGGGAAACUACAAAAGUGUCCAAGAAGCACUCAAUGUGAGAGAGGGAACAGUUAGUGAAUUCUUUAGGUGCAAUAUUAGCUUAUCCUACACAGUGGAUGUGGAUUCUGUUAUCCCAUAUCAUCAGAAUCUAACCAACAAAGGCUUACAACUUCUGGUUUUCAGUGGUGAUCAUGACAUGGUAAUGCCACACAAUGGUAUUGAAAAAUGGAUAGGAUCUUUGGAUUUAACAGUUGACACAGACUGGCGACCAUGGUUUUCUGAUAGUGGUCAAGUUGCAGGGUACACUGUGAAAUAUACAAACAGCGGAUAUCGCUUGACCUAUGCAACUCUUAAGGGAUCUGGUCAUUCUCCAGCAGAGUACAAUCGGGAGGAUUGUUACACCAUGUUCCAUAGAUGGAUUCAUUACUAUCCUAUAUAAUAUUUGAUUUGAAGAUUGGAAAAUCUUGAUUUGGUUUAAGUCAAAUGUAGCAGAUACAUUCCACAAUGGCACAAUGUGGUUCCUGUAUUUUGUUUUUUUGAGUUUUAACUUCAGCUGAACAAUGAGGUAACAACAUUGGAAUAACAUUCAAGAUCAGUAGACUGUCUCGGCAAUGUGUUGUUUCCAAAUAACGCUUUUCUGACAAUUCUUCGCCACUCGGCCUCGAAAUCUUACAUUCCAUUUUUACAACAUAGAGAAGUCAUUUGUAUCCAGGGGAUUAUAAGAUUCCU